CAUGUGCUCUGGAAGUCUGGAUCGAGUCGAGUGGCUGUCCACUAGCCUGAGCCGGCCCGAGCUCCCAACUCGCGCGUGUACCUGUAGGCGGCAGCUGCAGGCUGCAGCCUGUGGCCCGCGCGCUCCGGCCGUCUGACUCGGAGGCGCCAGCGGCCCGGCGCGCGCGUGUAUAAAUAUCUCCUCCGUCUCCCUGCCCCCGACGGCCACCCCGCGCGCUCCCCGCACGCCCGCGUCGCCUUACCUCAGCAGGAGGGCGCCCCCCGAGCUUGCUCUCCGCUGCGCGCGAUGGACUUCUCGAGUACCAAGGAGACGCCUCCGGCCGGGGCCUGGUGGUCGAGGGAGACGGUGGCCGUGGUGACGGGCGCGAACCGGGGCAUCGGGCACGCGCUGGCGGCGCGCCUGGCCGAGCACGGGCUCACCGUGGUGCUCACCGCGCGGGACGGCGCGCGCGGGGAGGCCGCCGCGGCGCCGCUCCGCGAGCGCGGGCUCGCCGUCGCCUUCCGCAGGCUCGACGUCUCCGACCCCGACUCCGUCGCCGAGUUCGCCGCCUGGCUCCGCGACGCCGUCGGCGGCCUCGACAUCCUGGUGAACAACGCCGCCGUGUCCUUCAACGAGAUCGACACAAACUCGGUGGAGCACGCCGAGACGGUGCUCAGGACCAACUUCUACGGCGCCAAGAUGCUCACCGAGGCGCUCUUGCCUCUGUUCCGGCAGUCGCCGGCCACUAGCAGGAUCCUCAACAUCAGCUCGCAGCUUGGCCUUCUCAAUAAGGUGAGCGACCCGUCCCUGACGGCGCUGCUCCUGGACGAGGACACCCUGACGGAGGCGGCGAUCGAGUCCAUGGUGUCGCGGUUCCUGUCCCAGGUGAAGGACGGGACGUGGGGCGGGCAGGGGUGGCCCAAGGUGUGGACGGACUACUCGGUCUCCAAGCUGGCCCUCAACGCCUACUCCCGGGUGCUGGCGCGGCGGCUGCAGGCGCGCGGCGCCCGCGUGAGCGUCAACUGCUUCUGCCCCGGGUUCACGCGCACCGACAUGACCAAGGGCUGGGGGAAGCGCACCGCCGAGGAGGUGGCCGACGUCGGCGCGCGCCUCGCGCUGCUGCCGCCCGCGGAGCUCCCCACGGGGACCUUCUUCAAGUGGUGCACGCCGCAGCUCUACUCCAAGCUGUGACUAUGAUCGCCGGGCUACGCUACGCCGUCGGCCGCUGCGCGCCCCGGCCAUGACACGACGGCACCAGGAGUAUAUAGCAUUUGGUUUAGCUGCUCCUAGCGACUGCCUAUGCAAAGAAGUCCAUUCAGGAGAGUCUCUGGCUUUCCCCAGCCAAAGGUGCUUUGGUUGUACAAUGCAUCCAAACCAUCCUGUCUCUGACUCUCUAUCAGCAAUCAAUGUACUAUGUGUUCUUAGCUAUGUAAGAUUUAGGACAACUUCUAAGCAUUGGAUGAAGCUGAAUGAUUGCUGUCUCUGCUUCUCUCU